AUGUUUUUUAAUUUCCUGUUUCAGGCAGAUUUGGCUAGCUUCUUGAUUCGUCGGGCGAAGCAAAAUUUUGCAGUAACUAAUUACCUCUUCUGGUUCAUCCGGCUCGAGGCCUUCCAUGAAGGGGGGGAUUAUGAAGGCUCUUGUACCCUUGCCUCCGAUUCAUUUGCAUCCUUCGCUGACCAUUAUAAUGAGCCAUCUGCACCCUUUGAUCCUCAGUCUGCUACCACUACUCCACCUUUUUUAGCCAAUUCCACGAAUUUACAGUCUUCGUCCCAUGCCUACAUGGCAGUUUUGCCUCCAGGGAAGGCCGACAUUGAGGGAAAUGUCGGUGGUACUGCCUCGCAAACAAGGAGAAUGUACCGGCAUGUACUUCAACGUUUAAUGACAGUCCUGGAAAAUGUGGGCUGUCUAUCUUUAUGA